AUGCUGACUGUGACACGAAAUUACAAAUCGUUUAGCUUUUUUUACACGUUUGUGUUCGAAUCGAAGUUCCAUUCCAUGUCUUGCACUUUCUAUUUGUAGAUAAAAACGAAAAUAGCAUCAAUGGCAUGCCGGUUACUAAAGCGGGUGAAGUACGAUAUAUGAGUGAACAAAUAGUUGAUAAAGUGUUAUUUAUAAAAGUUAAUAAGUAUUGAACAUAAAACGAUGACGCGAAUGUUAAUAUUAGGUAUUAUUUACCUAUUUUUAUUAAACAGAGCUACUGGUUUAGGUGAAAUAAUCUACGCUAUAAAUGCCGGUGGACCAGCCCAUACUGAUAUUCACGGUAUAUAUUACGAAAAAGAUCCAUUACAAGGAAGAGUCGGCACUGCUUCUGAUUAUGGAAAACAGCUCGUUAUGAUCCGUCGAGUUAAUCCAAAAGAUGAAAUCCUAUACCAAACUGAAAGGUAUCAUCAUAGUACAUUCGGGUAUGAUAUACCUGCAAAGGCUGAUGGGGAUUACGUUUUAGUCUUAAAGUUUAGUGAGGUGUACUUUAACGCGCCCGAUAUGAAAGUAUUUGAUGUGGUGUUAAAUGGAGACCAUACAAUCGUGGCUGACUUAGACAUAUUUGACAAAGUGGGACGUGGUGUGGCACAUGAUGAAUACAUACCAUAUACUAUUCGAAAUGGAAAACUAUAUUAUAAUGAAGAAGAAUCAGAUAUAAGAGGAGGUAAAAUAAAAGUAGAAUUUAUUAAGGGUUACCGGGAUAACCCGAAAAUCAAUGCACUUUAUGUUAUGAGAGGAAGGUUAGAUGAAGUCCCAAAACUUCCUCCGUUAGAGUGGCCAGAAAAUGAUGCUGAAGAGAUAAAAGAAGAAAUUGAAGAGACAAGUACAAAGUCUCGGAGAGCCAGUGGCCCUAAACAACCUGACCCAUAUGCAAUGGAAACAUCUGUUUUAAUACCAGUGUUCAUAACCAUGGCUGCUUUUAUUCCCUUGUUGUUUUGUCUAUGUAAAUUAUAAUUGUUUGUCAAAGUGUUAUGACAUAUUGUGUUGUUCUUUAGCUCAAUCAGCCCUCAUCUGCACUCCCAUUGCUGGUGCCUAUGUUAAAAGUACUUAACAAUUUUGGUUUUUCAUAUUAAUUAUUACUCACAUUUCUACUACUCAAUAUAAAAAUUAUUGAAAAAUAAUAAUCAUGAAAUAUUUUAAGGUUGUUAAAAGUAUCUUAGAACAUCAUAGUCUACAGAUUCUUAAAAAAUACUACAAAAUUUAUUAGUUUAUAAGUUCAGUUUAUAAAGUCAAUUCAUCAGACUGAAUUAGAGUAUUUUAUUAAUAAACAUAAAUUUAUACCAAAUGACAUUGCAACAUCUUUAAUCAGAACUAUAUUUUUCCCUAACAUGAUAGUCACCAGCAAUACCUAUACUGUUUUGUAUGUGUUCAAUCAUUAUUAGCUAAUUAAAAAUGUUUGCAAAAUAUUUUAGCUACAAAGUAUUGUAAUAUCACACCGAAUAGUACAAAAUAACUUCAAUGUGAAUGUUUACUAGUGACCGUCCCACACCAAAUACUAAUUCCAAACAUUUAUUGAUGCACAAAAUUGUAAUUGCACACAAAUAUGAUAUUAAAGAGCCACACGCUGA